ACGCGAAUCGUCAAACUGCAUCACGAGGCAAACCCUAACUUGGAAUCCUGAAGAGAAGCGAAAAAGAGGAAGGCCAAAGAACACAUUGCGUCGGAUAAUAGAAGCAGAUAUGAAAACGAUGAAUUACAACUGGACGGAGCUAGAAAGGAUUGCCCAGGACAGGGUUGGAUGGAGAAUGCUGGUGAGCGGCCUAUGCUCCUUCACGAGGAGUAACAGGCGUAAGUAAGUAAGUAAGUGGCUUUGAAUCACAUUCUAAGUAUUCGGACGAGUGAUACUACAAGGUUAAUCAAAUUGAAGUAGAUGAAGCGGGUUUCGAACCCAUAAUUUAGUGGAUGAAAGUCGAAUGUACUAACCAUAGAUAAGGACAGGUUGAUAGUUAAUACCUUCAAGUGACAUGUCUUUGAAAUUUUGAUAAAAUGUAUGCUAACCAUAGAAUAUAGAUCAAUGACAUUUUUAUAAAGCUAUUCAAUUUACCACAGUUAUAUAGUGGUAUUGAGUUCUUUACUUUAUAAUUGGUUAAUAUAUGAACACCGUUGAAUACCGGCUCAGUGGUCUAGUGGUUAAUCGCUCACGCGCAAGACUGACAGGUCCUGGGUUCGAAUCUCGUGAGGCAGGAUCAUGGGUGCGCACUGCUGAGGAGUCCCGCAAAGGGACGAAACGGCCAUCCAGUGCUUCCAGAUUUCCUAUGGUGAUCUAGCUUCAAUUAAUUCAUAAUCUCAACUAUUGAAAUUAAUAUACUAUCAACAAAACCAAUGUCUGAUAUUAAUAUAUACCAAUCUUGGACGGUGUUUAGACCACAAUGUUAAUUAAAUUCUUUCAGUCUAGUCAAAAUGUAAUCAUCCUACUGAGUAACUUGGGACAGCAAUACAUUUUAUGAAGUAUUUCAUGAAUAAAGAGAUUGAGUAAUAAAUUUGAAAUGACUUGAGCUUUGAUAAAUGUCAGCAAAGAAACUAAAGGUUCUCAUAAGAUUCAAACCCAAUUCACUGAAUAUGUUGAAGUUAAACAUAUGAACAAUUAAGCGUUGGCUUGAUCGUCUAAAGAAUAAAUUCUCACAAUUAGACAUGAUGGUGCUAGGUUCUAUCUGUGAUGAGUUCGUUGAUAAACACUGUUAUAGAGGUUCAUGACAGAAUGAAAAAGAAGUCCAAUGCUUUCCGAUUUUUAAUGGUCAUAUAACUAAAGGUAAUCCAUUGAACAACUAUGUAAGUUUUCUAUUAUUCAUGUUUUAAAUUUGAUUUGCAUUCAAAAAUUGACUUUAGCUAGAGAAUCAAAGAGUAAGGAAUAAUUAUUAUGUCACAUUAUGGAACUCUUCAAUAGUACAUCUUCCAUAAUCAGAGAUGAAUAGUGGCUAGUAGUGAAAUCCAGGAUUUAUGUUCCGUCUUGUUUAGGACAUGUCAGCUGGAUGUACCUACAUCCCAGGGUUAAUGUGCUCACUGGGAGUUGAACUCAGCAUCAUUCUCUCCAAAUGCUAUCAAGUUAUCCAUGUAACUACUGAGUCCAGAGAGCCACUAGCUUGUGUAAUAGCGUGAGGUUUAUGUCAUAUUUGUAUUGUAUUUUUUCAACCUCCCCAUUGAUGUUUAUCCUUUGAAUUACUUUUUCUGGUUAGCGUUUUUUUUAGCAAGUUAGUCUUCUACGGGAUGGGAUCGCUAAACCCAUGCCCAACUCCUCUCCUUUAUCCAAGAUUGGGACAGGCAGUAGCCCCAGAGAGGCUCCAGAUGUCUACCCAGAAUACUUCGGAUUCGUUGGCCAGAUACUAUCAGCAGCAAUCUACUAUGGGAGAGGAAAAACCAGAUUCCAACAGAGGAAGAAAUCAGGAAGAAUCACUGGAAAUGGAUAGGACACGCAUUGAUGAAAGCACCCAAUUGUAUCACAACACAAGCCCUCACUUGAAAUCCUCAAAUCCAAAGGAGAAGAGGAAGACCAAAGAACAAAUUACGCCUUAAAAUGGAGAUAGACAUGAGAAGAAUGAAUGACAAUUGAAUAGAACUAGAAAGAAAGGCCUAGAAUAGAAUGGGUUGGAGAAUGUUGAUCGGCAACCUCUACUCGAUUAGGGGGUAACAUGCAUGGUGGUUGGAGGUAGUCAACAAGAAACCCUAGACCCAAGUUUCGUACUACUUGGCACACGUCCGCAUGGUGUACCUGUAAUCUUAAGGGAACUGGCCACAUCGUAACUUGAUCGAUCGCAUUCGAUCUACACUAAGAAGGACUUGACAUACAUGACCUUGAUCACCACCCAGUGAUCAAUCAAUUGUGAGUGUUUUGUAUACCAUAUUGGCUUGAAACUAAAUUUGGAAUGUGGAUUUUGUCCUGUAUAUAUGACUUUGUGAUUAUGAAUCAAACCUGGGAAUUAUAGGCUUCUUAUCAAGAACAUUAUCUUCAGAUCUAUAGUUCGGCAUCCAAUAGACCGCAUUUCUUACUUCGGUCAAUUCGUGAUACACAAAUAAAAAAUAUUCCUCUACUGAAUCAUGAUUCACAUAGCGCUAUACAUUAUCUCUACCUUUAUCGCAACUUCAAAUAAUUAUCAGACUGGGGAAUUGCGGAGAUUAUUAAUAAUUUUAACAGUUGAAUUCAUUAGUCGAUUUAAAACUUGGAAGCACUGGACGGCCAUUUCGUCAUAGUAUGGGACUUCUCAAAAGUGCGCAUCCACGAUCCCGCAUGUGGGACUCCGACCUAGGACCUUCAGUCCCGCGCGUGAACGUUUAAACUGUUGACCACCGAGUUGGCAUUCACCGAUUUUAAUGUCAAACUUCAAUCGAUCCACGAUCUUGAGCAGGCCUUUAUUCAUUAUGUAUGUGGAUAACUGUUUAACACCAGGCAUGGAUUUUUAUUUAUUUAUUUAUUUUAACACAGAUAUUGGUACAAGGAGGCACCAAAUACAUAUGCGCCACACAAAACUCAUUUGAUAUGUAUGAGGGCUGUGAUACUUACCGGGUGCCCGAACGGAAGCAAGUGGUUUUCUUAGGUGGCCACACCUCGAGCCUUCGACCUGAAGGUCUGAUCCACAAGGCAGUGGAGCAACGUAAGGAGAUGCAGUCCCAUGGUAGUCGGUGACCAACGAUUGGUCAAUACGCCAUUCGUUCCUUUAGGAUACUGGAGCCCAUGUGCACCAUUAGUUUGGAACUAGGGUUUACCAACUCUCCUAGGUGGAUCCUCCGUAUCCACCGACUCGGUUAAAGCGCCGGGUAUUCGCUCUUCGUCCUCUCAAUUUCGUAAACAACAGUAAUGCUGCGAGAAGGCAGUGAGUAGGACUUCCGUGGCAGUGGUCAUAUACGCGUGGCCAUGUUAGAGCAUUUGGAGAGGGAGGGUGGACUCUCCCCACUAUCGGCCGUACUAAGACAUUUGGGGGCAUGGAUUGGAUUUCACUGGUCAUGGUUUAGGAGUUCCGUACUAGGACGAAACGAUCGUCCAGUACUUCUAAGUUUUUAAUGGUGGUCUAGUUUAAAUCGACUUGUGAAUUCAAUUGUUGAAAUAAUUAUCUGAAAAUAUCUAUUAAAAAAGUGCUUUAAUUACCAAGAAUAAAAGAUUCGUGGCUGAAAAUCUACUUAUUUUAGUGAAAUAUGAAAUGUUGGAAUUUCCCUGCCGAAACAUAUGGGACCAGAAUCUUUCGGUCCUCUCUAUAGAAUGAUAAGUGAUCACUUUUGAAGUUUUGUACAUAACACAAGGAACAGACAUUCAAUGGUCAGUAGGUUUUAGGUGAUAUCAAUUCAUAGUAUCAUGUAUGUUCAAACGUAUACAUAGUAGUGACAAACUAUGUAAAUUAUAUUUCAUAGUAUAAGCUGAUGAAUUUGUAGAAUGAACUAUAUUAGACAACCGGUGAAACUUAAGAAGUAUUAGAUACUAGUUUCGUUCUAAUAUAGAACUAUUUAACAAUGUUUUAUCCCCACAAUCAACAUCUAUGAUAUAUCUCAAGAAAUUUAAACCUCUCAGAAAGUGUUAUAAUUAUUAUCUCUUUUGAGUUUUAUUAGAUAGACAGUUACCUGGGGAAUAAUGAAGAAGCUUUUGUUAUCAGUGCAUGAAACAAGGUAAAUAUUAAGUUUGUUUAUUGGAUCCAUAAUGAAUUCUAGUUACAUAUUAAAUGAUAAACAGAGAAUGCGUUGACAAAGUUCCACAAGAAAGAUAAAACCGUAAAAAUAGAUGAUUUUGAUGCUUACAAAGUAAUGCUUCGAUAAUAUGUAUGUGUGUAUGUGUGUUAGUCUGUAAACGGAAGAGAGAAAGGAUGGUUUCACUUGAAUAUUUGUCUAAAUGAUUAACUCCCUGUAUUAUGCCAAAAAAAGGGAGAGGGUACAGCCGUAAAUCUGAACCAGUUUAUUUGUAUUCAUUCAUCAUUUGCUUCUUAUGUAAACAACAUUUGGAUAUUUAUUAUUUUACACUUUCUUAAUUCUGAAUAUGUUCUCUGAGUUGGAUGGUUUGGUUAUGUAACUUCUACCUGAAGUUUGUGUUGAUGAUAUUAUUCAAAAGAACGAUGAUAACUCAAUGACUAAAUCAUCCAGCUAAGAGAACAAAACUCUAUCAAAAUGAAAAAGAUCUACAUCACUGUGAUCGAUUUGAAACCAAUAUCAUUCAUGAUUCAUUUAGAAUUCAUGCUACUUCAUAGUAAUAUGGUGGAAUCAGAACAAGUUACGAUAUUUAGUAGUUGAAUUCAUAAGUCAAUUAAAGCUAGACUACCAUAGAAAACUUGGAAACAUUGGACGGCCAUUUUACUUAUUUAUUUAUUUUUAAACAUAGAUAUUGGUACAAGGAGGCACCAAAUAUAUAUGCGCCACACAAAUCUCACUCGAUAUGUGUGAGGGCUGUGAUACUACUGACCGGGUGCCCAAACCGAAGCAGGUGGUUUUAUUAGGGGGCCACACCCAGAGCCUUUGACCUAAAGGUUUGAUCCACAAGGCAGUGGAACAUCGUAAGGAGAUGCAGUCCCAUGAAAGCCGGUGACCAACGAUUGGUUCAUACGCCAUUUGUUCUUUGAGGAUACUGGAGCCCAUGUGCACUAUUGGUUUGGGAUCUGGUUAAAGCGACGAACAUUCGCUUUCCGUCCUCUCAUUUUUGCAAACAACACCCUCUGCACGAGAAGGCAGUGAGUGGGACUUCCGUGGCAGUGGUCAUAUACGCGUGGCCAUGUGAGAGCAUAUGGAGAGGGCGAGUGGACUCUCUCCACUCUCAACCGUACCAGGGCAUUUGGGGGCGACCAUUUAGUCCUGGUAUGAGAGAUUCCUUAGUUAUGAUAUAUUCAAUUUGAUAUAAAUGAUUGAUAGGCAUUAUAUUGUGUUCAUUUU